UCGAGCGUCCGCUACCGCCUCGACUCUCUCCCCAGUUAUUUCAAUAAAAACCGAAUAACAAAACGUUUUAAACGUGACCGAAUGCCCCUGAAAUGAGCCCCAACAGCUCGGGGACAUCCGCACGUUCGAAAUCCUCAAAAUCAUGCCGUCAAAAGCCCCAAAAUCACGAAAUUCCGGAUUCUCCCAAAAACGCGGGAAACCGUCAUCACAACAACAAAACAAAACAGUCGGUCUGGUCCCGAGAACUCCCCGAGUUCUUCCACACAAAAAUAAACUGAGAGACCCUCUGAGGGGACGUUCACCUCUGAAAAAGAGUUACGAGCCAUUUGAUUUCACUGAGAAUAAUGAUCGAGUUGAAUUCCAAGGAAAUGUCGGUGGAAUUGACGAGCCAGUGCAGUCACUGAGGCGUGAAAUCAAUGAAUGGAGGAGACAGGAGAUGAUGAGUGAUAAAGUGAGGGAAAAACUCGAGAGACUGACGAUUCCAGAGCCUCCCAAAUCGUUAAGUGAAGGUGGUAUUUCAUCGAUUUCUUCAUCUAUUCAUUGUGUUGUUGGUGAGGGACAGGCAGUGGGAGACAAAAUGGAACGAGGGAAGACUGAUUGUGGAGUGAAUACUCGGAAGAAUGUUAAAAGUAUUCAGGAUUAUUUGGAAAAUCAUUCGAGAAUGGCCCUGGAGAGGGUGAGGAGGGAAUCGACGGGCUCGGAUACUCUGGCAGCUAUACUCAAUGCCGAGAGACUCGUCCAGGAGGCCAAAGGGGUCAUUGCUGAGGCCCGGAGGAGAGCCAUUAGCAGCAAAACCGUCUCAGAAGACUUCCAAAUAAUGCGCCUAACCGAGGAAGAGCUGGAAAUAAAAUCCCUCGUGUCCGCCAAAUUCGACGAGGCAAACGGUAGAAAGUUGCGGACGAAAUUAGAAGUCACCCUCCCCCCGAACCCGCCCCGCGACCCCGAGAAUUUUGGCACCCCCUCCAAGCCUCUCUCCCCCAGGUCUAAAACCCCCUCCGCAAGGGCGCCCGCCACCCCUUUAAACCGCGCCCACUCACCCCCCAGCAUUGAAAUUCAGAGAGGACCUCGGAUCGACAUAAGGAACGACCUCUCCCUCACGAAAAUGUCACCCCUCGACAUCCACCCGCGCAGCCCGCCCCCGAGACCCAACACAGGCACCUUCCAGCUGCGCCACGAAGCCUCCAAACGCGUCACAAUCGAUGAGCCCACGAGUUUGAUCGAUGCUGGCGUGCAAACGAGCCUGCGUGACUCAUCGGAAAUCUCCAAGUUUGAGGAGCGAGAUGCACUGUCGAGGUCAGGUCCCUCCGACCUCGACCAAAAUAAAAUUGAUGGAUCGAACGAGGUGCACCACACUGAACCAAUCAACGAUGAUUUUGGUAGGGGAAAGAUCGAUGGUGAAGGUCUUGGAGUUGGAGCUGAAAUUCCCAAUGCAUCGGCGAACAAAAAUAAACCGAAAAGACCUGGAACCAACACUUUCAUCGAUUUUUUAUGCGGGAUGAACCCCUCGGCCUCCCAAAAAGAGGAGAAAAAAACGCCUGGAGGAUGUGAAAAUUCUCUGUCAUCCCCUGAAGUAAUAAAAAACUCGUUAAGCUCUUCGACGAUCAGCUUGAAGGCCCCUGACACAGUCAAAGUCGAGAGCUUGCUCCGCAGAAUUGACGAGAAAUUAAAGACGAUAGCAAGAACAACGGAGACCCUAGACCACUUGUGCAGUAGAUCGAGUGAGAAUAAGAGUCCUGGGGUUGCUGAGGGGUUAAUUAAGGGAAGGAGUAGUGAGUACGAAGUGGAGGUGCUGCUGGAGCCCAGAUUCAGGCUCUCCAGCUCCUCCAGCGCAGUGUCAACGGAGACGCUGCAUCCCGCGAGGUUCUCAACGCCCUUGAACAAUAAAAUUGAUAGAUCGAUUGUCAAAUCACGAGUGGAUCAAUGUGCAAGGGCAGUGGUCUCGUCUCCAGCUGUGUCGGACUCCGAUAACGUUGGGUCCAAUGUUAUUGACGAAAUCAUACCUAUGACGAGGAACGAAUUAUCGUACGAUAAAAAUGAUAAAGUCUUUCGUGAUAAGGUUUCAUCCUCGGGGGAAUCUGCGACGAGUGAAACGGACGAGACUGGGUCGUUGUUCCCGACGUAUUCGACUGACAAAUCGGGGGUUUGUGGGGAUCGGAGGUCGGGAAGAUCGGUGAGGAUGAAUCGGGGGUCUUGUCAUGAAAUGAAAAUAACGAAUGUUGAGAGAUUGGGGAUUGAUAACGAAAUGAAUAAGGCUCUUGGGGGGCUUCCGGAGGAUAAGGAUGAUGGAGGACGUUCCGAGGAUUUUGUUGAGAUCUCUGGAGACGUUGGGAAUGAGGAACACCAGGUGCAUGGGUCAUCCGGUCGUGAGGGAACUUCGCAGGAUGUUUCGAGGCUGUCUUCGGAGAUUGUGGGAGGUUCUGGUGAUGAUGGGGAACGUACGUCGCGGGGUUUGGGAGGAAAUGAAGGUGGGGAUGGGGAUGAUGGUUGUCGGGGGGGACGAUUGAGAAGGUCUGGAGAAGGAUCUAGGAGGGAUCUGGAGGAGAAAAGCUCCUCGAGGAGUUCUAUUGGUCACGAAGGAAUGCCUUCAGCUUUGUUGAGACCUUCGACUAGCUGUGGCAACUCUAAUGGAAGAAGGAAGGAAUCUAGGGGUAAGAAAGAAGGUCCUCAAGGGGAUGAAGGUGAUGGUGGUCACGAGGAACCAUCGAAAAUCUCUGGAGAAGGUCCUGGGAAGGAACUGGGGGAGAAAAGCUCCUCGAGGAGUUCUAUUGGUCACGAAGGAAUGCCUUCAACUUUGUUGAGACCUUCGUCUAUCUGUGGCAGCUUUGAUAGGAGAAGGAAAGAAUCUAGGGGUGAGAAAGGAGGUCCUGAAGGGGGUGGAGGUGAUGGUGAUCAGGGGGAAGCCUCGACAAUCUGUAGAGAAGGUUCUGGGAAGGACCUGGGGGAGAAAAGCGCCUCGAGAAGUUCUAUUAGUCACGAAGGAAUGCCUUCAGCUUUGCUGAGACACUCGUCUAGCUGUGGCAACUCUGAUGUGAGAAGGAAGGAAUCUAGGGGUGAGAAAGAAGGUCCUGGGAGGAACCUAGAGGAGAAAAGCUCCUCGAGGAGUUCUAUUGGUCACGAAGGAAUGCCUUCAACUUUGUUGAGACCUUCGUCUAUCUGUGGCAGCUUUGAUAGGAGAAGGAAAGAAUCUAGGGGUGGGAAAGGAGGUCCUCAAGGGGAUGAAGGUAAUGGUGGUCACGAGGAACCAUCGAAAAUCUCUGGAGAAGGUCCUGGGAAGGAACUGGGGGAGAAACGCUCCUGGAGGAGUUCUAUUAGUCGCCCUUCAGUCUUGUUGAGACAUUCGUCUAGCUGUGGCAACUUUGGUAGGAAAAGGAAGGAAUCUAGGGGUGAGACAGAAGGUCCUCAAGGGGAUGGAGGUGAUGGUGAUCAAGGGGAAACCUCUACAAUCUCUGGAGAAGGUUCUGGAAAGGACCUGGGAGAGAAAAGCUCCUCGAGGAGUUCUAGUAGUCAUGAAGGAAUGCCAUCAGCUUUGUUGAGAACUCUGUCUAGCUGUGGCAACUUUGAUAGAAAAAGGAAAGAAUCUAGGGAUGAGAAAGAAGGUCCUCAAGGGCAUGGAGGUGAUAGUUAUCAGGGGGAAUUAUCGAAAAUCUCUGGAGAAGGUUCUGGAAAGGACCUAGAGGCGAAAAGCUCCUCGAAUUCUAUUAGUCAUGAAGGAAUGCCUUCAGCUUCGUCGAGACACUCGUCUAGCUGCGGCAGUUCUGAUGGGACAAGGAAGAGUUCUACAGCUGAUUGCUAUUCGGAGGGGGAACUCUUCAUCUCCAGUUCCUGUGGAUAUUCUCUUGGGGAAGUUGUGGGGCCCAGUCGGAGUGGAGGGAUCGUCAACAAGAUAUGCGUUAAUUUGGCGGAGGGACGAACGUUGUCGAUGAUUCAGGCUUCAGCUGAAAGCCCAGGCGAGCUCUUGGACACCGACAUUGACUCGAAUUCCAGUUUCACAUCCCGAGGUCGCAUUGCAUGACUAAGAGUCUACAGAGUGUCACCAAUUGCUUAAAGAUACUCAUUAUUAACAUAAGUGUGUUGGUUUUCCAAACACUCGAGAUGGAAAAACAGGACUGACGCAGGUGGGAAUGUACACUUGUUAAAAUUUUGAGUUUUUCCCUCUCAAUUAGAAAAUGAUGUUCCAAUAUUGUUAUCGUCUGAUUACUUAAUUAAGUAGCUUCAGCUGUUCUCAAAUAAAUUGAUGAACUUCUCAGUUACCCCUUCAUACUAUCAAUAACUGUUCUAAAAUCAUUGUCAACUGUCACCUAAUUAAUUAACUGAUUAGUUAAUCAUCUCAAAUCAUCUUAAAUCCACCAAUUGAUUAUAAAUGAACAUUUCAAAAGGCUUAUUAGUGAGAAUAAAUAUUAUCAUUCAUUAAUGGUAUUGAUAAUUAAUAAUUUUAAUAUAGAUUAUUAUUGUCAUUAAUUAUUAAUGCGUUGGACGAUUGGAUUCUUUAAAUCAUCGCAAUGCUUAUUAACAUUGCAAUUUAUUGUUUAUGCUUCCAUAUAUGAAAAAAUUCAAGAGAAAAGUCAAGCGCUUUGUCUUAAAAAUUUCGUUGUAUUUAUAUUGGAACCCUAAAUGGAAAAAUUUCAUUGGAGUUCAAUGAGAAUUCUGUUAACUUAAAAAAAAAUGAGCCGAAGGCCCUCGGGCAACGGCCAUUUAUACGAAUGUAUGUUUCUUGCAAUAAAUAACGUUAAAAGUU